AUGGCGAUGGAGGUAGGUAAUGGAAGGAGCACUAUGUUUUGGGAGGAUAACUGGCUGCACGGUGGACCCUUGAAACUGGCGUUUCCAAGACUCUAUUCUAUUUCAAACCAACAAGGAGCUAUGAUAGGGGAUUGUGGGUUUUGGAAUGGACUCGAUUGGAUAUGGAAUUUCCAGUGGAGAAGGGAGUUGUUUCAAUGGGAGAUGGAUCUUCUUGGCCAGUUUCAUGAGAGGUUAAGGCCGGUGAAGUUGGCAGCUGAUGCAGAGGAUAAGCUGGUAUGGAAGUUUGAGAGUAAAGAGGUAUUUUCUACCAGAUCUGUUGUACAGAUACUUCAAUCAGAGAUUCUGUCAGAUGAGAUAACGAGCUACAGCUUUACAAGUUCAGUAUGGCGAGGAGUGGUGCCUUUGAGAAUUGAGCUUUUUGGAUGGUUCGUGCUUGUUGGUCGAGUGAAUACCAAAGAGAGAUUGAGUAGGCUAGGCGUUAUUAUGCCCAAUGAUAAUAUCUGUGUUCUUUGUAAGAAAGAGGUAGAAUCGGUCAAACAUUUGUUUCUUCUAUGUGACCUCACAUGGCAGGUGUGGUGCAGUUGGCUGAGGAGAUUUGGGGAGGAUUGGGCUAUUCCUGGCACCAUUAGGGAACUGUUUGAGAGUUGGACUGGUAGGCAUAAGCAAAAACAGGAGCAGAAAAGGUGGCUUAUUGGGUUUUUCACAGUGAUCUGGAAUGUCUGGGUGGAACGUAAUGCGAGGAUCUUCAAUAAUAAAGAAGCAGGUGUUGACAUAGUAAUAAAGCGGACAUUUCUGAGCUAUGAAGAAUGGACCGAUAGUGAUCCUUUCGGUAGUUGA